GUGUAAACGUCACAUCCGGUAAAACUGCAUUCGCAGCAGCUAUAAUGGCAGCAUUUUCUGAAAUGGGGGUUAUGCCCGAAAUCGCGCAGGCUGUGGAAGAGCUGGACUGGCUGCUACCUACUGACAUUCAGGCCGAGUCUAUUCCCCUUAUACUUGGUGGAGGAGAUGUACUUAUGGCAGCUGAAACUGGGAGCGGUAAAACCGGCGCCUUCAGUAUCCCUGUGAUCCAGAUUGUGUAUGAGACCCUGAAGGAUGAACAAGAGGGGAAGCGGGGCAGAUCCUCCAUCAAGACUGGAGGAGCUAUUUUCAACAACUGGCAGAUGAAUCCUUAUGACCGCAGCGCUGCCUUCGCGAUCGGUGCAGAUGGUCUGUGCUGCCAGAGCAGGGAGUUUAAAGAGUGGCAUGGCUGUCGCUCUACAAAAGGGGUCUCCAAAGGGAAGUACUACUAUGAGGUGACUUGCCAUGAUCAGGGUCUGUGUCGCAUCGGCUGGUCGACCAGUCAGGCAGCUCUGGACUUGGGAACCGAUAAGUAUGGUUUUGGUUUUGGAGGGACUGGAAAGAAAUCCAACAACAAGCAGUUUGACAGCUAUGGAGAGGAGUUUACCAUGCACGACACUAUUGGAUGCUACCUGGACCUAGACAAGGGCCAGAUUUCCUUCUCUAAAAACGGGAACGACCUGGGUACGGCUUUUGAGAUCCCUCAAAAUGUGCAGAGUCAGCCCUUCUUUGCCUCCUGUGUGCUCAAGAAUGCAGAGCUGAAGUUCAACUUUGGAGGAGAAGACUUUAAAAAUGCCCCUAAGAGUGGGUUUGUUGCCUUGGUACAGGCGCCAGAGGGCCACGCAGUCAAAUCUUCUCAAGCAGGCAGUGCCAAAGUGAGUCAGGCAAAGGCAUCAUCAAACGCACCUAGAGCACUGAUCCUGGAGCCAUCGAAAGAACUGGCCGAACAAACCCUCAACAAUGUCAAGCAGUGUGGGAAAUAUGUAGAUAAUCCCAAACUCAGGAACCUUCUGGUGAUUGGUGGCGUCCCUGCCAAAGAUCAGAUGGCUGCUCUGGAACAGGGGGUUGACAUUGUGGUGGGAACCCCUGGAAGACUGGAUGACCUUAUAUCAACUGGGAAGCUCAGUCUUUCCCAAGUCCGCUUUCUAGUCCUGGAUGAGUGUGACGGCUUACUGUCCGCGGGCUACACAGACUUUAUUAACAGGAUCCACAAACAAAUCCCUCAGGUCACUUCUGACGGUAAAAGACUGCAGGUGAUUGUCUGUUCAGCCACGCUGCAUUCGUUUGACGUGAAGAAGCUGUCUGAGCGCAUCAUGCACUUUCCCACCUGGGUGGACCUGAAGGGCGAGGACUCCGUCCCUGAGAGCGUCCACCACGUGGUAGUGCCAGUAAAUCCUAAGAACGAUCGCCUCUGGGAGCGCCUCGCCAAGAACCACAUCCGGACUGAUGAAGUCCAUGCCAAAGAUAACACCAGACCUGGAGCCAACUCUGCAGAAAUGUGGUCGGAAGCCAUUAAGCUGCUAAAGGGCGAGUACACGGUUAGGGCCAUCAAAGAGCACAAGAUGGACCAGGCCAUCAUCUUCUGCCGCACCAAGAUCGACUGUGACAACAUGGAGCAGUACUUCAUUCAGCAAGGAGGAGGUCCAGACAGUAAAAACCACCAGCUCUCCUGUGUCUGUCUCCAUGGUGAUCGAAAGCCAAUCGAGAGAAAGACUAACUUGGAGCGAUUCAAGAAAAAAGAAGUGAGGCUCUUGGUCUGCACAGACGUAGCUGCCAGAGGAAUUGACGUUCACGGGGUUCCUUAUGUGAUAAACGUCACCCUGCCAGAUGAGAAGCAGAACUACGUCCAUCGUAUUGGAAGAGUUGGACGAGCAGAGAGAAUGGGACUGGCCAUCUCAUUGGUCGCUAUGGAGAAGGAGAAGGUGUGGUACCACGCUUGCCCAAACCGAGGCAGAGGCUGCUACAACACUCGGCUGAAGGAGGACGGAGGUUGCACCAUCUGGUACAACGAGAAAGAGCUCCUGUCAGAUAUUGAGGAGCAUCUAAAAUGCACCAUCACCCAGUGUGAGCCAGACAUCAAAGUGCCCCUGGAUGAUUUUGAUGGAAAGGUCACCUAUGGUCAGCGCAAGAAGUUGGGAGGUGGUAACUACAAAGGUCACGUGGAUGUUCUGGCCCCGACGGUCAAAGAGCUGGCAAUCCUCGAGAGAGAAGCCCAGUCUUCCUUCCUCCACCUGGGUUACAUGCCGAAUCAGCUUUUCAGAGCCUUCUGAGCCAAGCCCAACGAGAGAAUAAAGAAAUAAAAGAUACAAGUCUUCAUUCAACCAAGCAGCAGUGUGCUGAUCUCGGCCUAUUUUUCCACGCAGGCAAACGUAUAGACACAACUCAUUAAUGAUUUCCUGUACAUAAAAUGUAUAUUGUAAGGUAUCAAAAUGCCAAGUUGUCCCUGGCAUCUAACGCUAAUUAAAAUCUAAUUUUGGGGAUUUCAUGUUUUUCUUUCUGAUUGAUAUGUUUGAAUUAAAUAUAAGUUUCAUUAAAGAGUAAUUGGCUAAAAGAA